ACUCGCUGGUGCCCAAGUGGGAGGACCGCAGCUGCCCACUCCCUCCUUCCCACACCCCCGCUACCUGCCCAGUGCCCGAAGCGAAUCGUGAGGAGACUGCGAGCCAGCGGGGCCGAGCCCACAACUUUGCAGCCUCGGGGAGGACGAGAGCCGGCGUCCAGGGCUCCUCUUGUCGGCGACAAGAGCUCGGAAUGUAAUCGAGGAUGCUGGCCCUGAGACUGCUCAACGUGGUGGCCCCCGCCUACUUCCUGUGCAUCUCUCUGGUGACCUUCGUGCUGCAGCUCUUCCUUUUCCUGCCCAGCAUGCGCGAGGACCCCGCAGCCGCUCCGCUUUUCUCGCCUGCGUUGCUCCACGGGGCACUCUUCCUGUUCCUCUCAACCAACGCCCUGGGCAAUUACGUCCUGGUCAUCCAGAACUCCCCUGACGACAUGGAUGCCUGCCAGGGGACCUCGGCCAGGAAGGCUCUAUGUCCCCCACCCAGCACCCACUUCUGCCGAGUCUGCGCCAGAGUUACCCUGAGGCACGACCAUCACUGUUUCUUCACCGGCAACUGCAUUGGCAGCAGAAACAUGCGCAACUUCGUCCUGUUCUGCCUCUACACCUCCCUUGCUUGCCUCUACUCCAUGGUGGCUGGUGUGGCCUACAUCUCUGCAGUCCUUUCCAUCUCCUUCGCCCAUCCCCUGGCCUUCCUCACGCUCCUCCCCACCUCCAUCAGCCAGUUCUUCUCUGGAGCUGUCCUUGGUUCUGAAAUGUUCGUCAUCCUCAUGCUCUACCUCUGGUUUGCCAUCGGCCUGGCCUGCGCUGGCUUCUGCUGCCAUCAGCUGCUGUUGAUCCUCCGAGGGCAGACCCGCCACCAGGUGCGGAAGGGGGUGGCGGUGAGGGCCCGGCCCUGGCGCAAGAACUUACAAGAAGUGUUCGGAAAGAGGUGGCUGCUGGGCCUGCUUGUCCCCAUGCUUAAUGUCGGAGGUGAGAGCUCCAAGCAGCGGGACAAGUAGCUGGCACCGCCAUCAUUUCUCUGUGUGUAUGUCUUGACCUCUCCUAAACAUAAGACCACUGCAUCCUUGUCUCCAUCCAUGACCCACUACAAUCUCGGGCUGGUAAGGUCCUAGCAUCCACCGCUGGUCUGUGACACAUAGGCUGGUGAAUCAUGACAAAAAGAAAAAUGGCCGCCCAGGUAUUGCUCUGCUCCUCAUGGGGUAGCCGGGUGGCUGCUGUUAGGAGGUCUCUGCUUUUGUUUCUUCUCCCUACUUUCCCCCGUUGCCUGCCUUGUCCUCUCUCCACCAUGUCUCACGUCAUCACUGCCAUCUGCUAGAGCUCUUCCUUUAUGCCCCCUGUUGGAAG